CCUAACCUGAAUGGCGUGACAUAUAGUUGUAUAUGAUUGAAACACUUUGAGGACAAUGGCUACUGUUGGUCGUUCGAAAAACAAUAAAACUACAAUUAACGCUAGAAGGGUAACAUAUGCCGCAGAACAUCUGAUGGCAGAAAUUUUGAAUGAACUUCUAAGAAUUAAAGCGCCAUAUCACAUGAUAGCCGGUCAUAUAAAAAAAAACUAGUCUGUGGCAGCAGUUGGAACAAAGAGAGAGAAACCGUAUUUUAAAGGUUGCAAAAAAAAGAAACCUAUGAACACUUUGAUAUACAAUUAAGUUAUAAAGUACUGAAAAUUUUAAACACAAUCCCCCUCCAACGAAUGGAUGGGGGCGGUAUCCAGAUAUCACUAAAACGUCUGUUGGUGAUGACAUAGAACGGAUAAGGAAGUACAGAAACAAAUUUGCGCAUAAAGGAAAGUGUAAAAUAACGGAUAGUAAAUUGACAGAGUGGUUUUCUAAAUUCCAAAGUGUUGCUAAAAGAAUGGAAGAUUAUCUCGACAAAAGAAAUGGUGAGUUCACUGAGAAAUUUUCAACAUUCGAAACAGGCUCUAAUGACGACAAUAGAGACACCCUUAUGAACACAAUAAAAUUGGCAAAGGAAGAGAUUGAUCAGCUACGACUCGAAAAUGACAAUUCUAAUAUUAAUGGUGCAUCGAUAGUUCAAAUUGAGGAAUGGAAAAAGAUUGACGAAAAGUUUGUAUCAACAGAUCUUUGUGAAAACGUAAUAAAACAAAUGGAAGAAUACAAUGUAAUAACUGUAUACGGUAAAUCCGGAAUAGGAAAAUCAGCAACAAUACAUCACGUGGCAUUAGUAUUACAAGACAAAAGUCAAUAUGAAAUUGUUCCAUGUCGUAGUCCUAAAGACAUAGAAAAGAAGUUUAAGAAGAAUGCACGUCAAGUGUUUGUGUUUGAUGGUGUUUGUGGCAGAUAUUCGGCAAUACAAGAUGUAAUCGAUUCGUGGCUAGGGUAUGAAUCUUUCUUAAUGAGGAUUGCAAGGGAAAGGAACGUCAAAGUUAUUGUGUCGUGUCGCCUGCAAGUUUUCAAGGAGGAACAGUUUCAGAGAAUAUGUUUCCUAAAAGAAUGUGCAAUUGAGUUUACGGACAAUUUGAUAACCCCAGACCAGAAACGAUCAAUAUUUGAAAAAUAUUUGGAUUCAGAUUUGAUACCCGCGAUCGGAAAUGCUAUUUACAAAUGCGAUUUCUUUCCACUAAUGUGCUCCUUGUAUAGAAAAGAUACACAACAAGAUAUUGUUAAAUUUUUUGAAAACCCGUUUGACAUUUAUAUGUCUGAAUUUGAUAGCAUUAAACAAGACCAAAACAAAAUGAAAUAUUUUACAAUUAUUUUAAUUGUACUUUGUAAUGGGGAAUUACGUUUUUCAGAUAAACAAGACACAGAUAGUAAUGAAGAAAAACAUGAGAAACAUUUAAAAAAUCUUAUCGAAGAUUGUGGUAUCUUUCGUGAAACACCUAAAACCGUUAUAAAAAUGCACCUUGAUUCAUUGGUUGGAACAUUUUUAAAGACUGAAUACUAUCACAACAACGUCGGAAAAUACAUGGUUAUUUAUCGACCAAUUCAUGCCAAACUUUUUGUUGAUUACAUGUGCCAUCACUGUGGAUUACAUUUUCAAAAUGUAAUUAUUAAAUAUGCAACUAGUUCGUUAUUAAGUCAACGAACUCGGUUUGAAUCAUUAGCGUCAACAGAAGAAGCUCCAAUUAUUAUAAGAACUGAAAAUGAGGUAGAUUUCUUCAGUCGGAUGAUGCAGGACAUUUUAGAAGACAGAUCAGAAUACGUAUUCAGAAAUUCUCAAAUGAAAUGUCCAGAAUACAGACAUAAACUGAUUCGAUAUCUCAACUGUAAUGCAGAUUUAUUGAAAUCCAUUCUUAAGGAUACUCACAUUGGUAGAAAAGUAUUGUUUGAAAUCCUUGCGUCAAAUUAUUCUGAUUUGAUUUCAUUCGCAGAAAGUAUACAGGGUUCUUUAAUUUCCAUGUUAGAUUUGGCCUAUUGUACUGAACAAAAUUUCUUCUCAAAAUAUACAAAAAAGUUCAAAAACUUGAAGACGCCAUCUAUCAGUAUUGAUAAAUUUCGCUAUACACCCGUUGUAUGUGCUAGUUACUAUGGUCAUACUGAAAUGGUCAAGGUACUUCUAUCAAAAGGUGCCAGUAUUAACUGCAAUGCUUCUCAUCGACAGUUAACGCCGCUUUCAGCAGCAAAAGCUGGAAACAACUCAUAUAUCGUUGACAUUAUUUUGAAUAAUAAUGAACUCGGCGUAAAUACAGUAAAUAACAGACAAUUUAGCCCAUUAAUGAUGGCGUGCAGUUUUGGAAAAUUUUCAAUGGUAUGUUCCCUUGUAGACAAAGGAGCUAGCGUAAAUUCUAUUGAUAAAUGCGGUCAUACAGCGCUCAUGUUUGCCAGUAGAUAUGGGUUUGUUGAUAUUGUACAAUACCUUUGUCAAUUCGGUGCUGAUAUUAUGUUUAGAAGUAGUAAAAGAUGGACAUCUCUCAUGUUUGCAUGUAAGGGAGGUCAUACAGCUAUUGUAGAAUAUUUAAUUGAAAAGGGAUCGAGUGUUAAUAAUGAAAUUGAUGUGCAUGGUGCAUCGCCAUUUCAUAUUGCUGCUAAGCACACAUUUUGGGAUUUGUGCAUGUAUCUUUUGCAAAUGGGGGCAAAUGAUGACCUGAUAGAUGACGAUGCAGUCUUUGCAAUAACGAAAUCAACGGAAACGGAGGACAAUAGUACCGAUGUCCCUAAUAUACGAUCAGAUAGAACUAUUUUAAAUAAGGAAAUGUUUUGCCUACCCUUAGACGAGGUAAUUGAACUUGAAGAUCAAACUACCUACAUGUGAUUUGAUUGUAAAAUAUCUGUUUCAAAAUGUAGCAAUAGCUUAUCUGUGAACAAAACAACAUAACAAAUGAUUGUGAAUACUUUCGGCAGUAUAUUUAGAUAUUUUUGUGAUAACGGAAAAAUAUAGUUAUUGUUACAGAUCUAAACAAACGACAUUAACUAUAAGAGUUUUUCAUCAAAUUAUAAGUAUCUUUAAAAGACUACUAAAGAUAAUAAAUAAACAACUUAACUUAAUUCGACCUUUAAAGGCAAAUGCAUUUCAUAUAAAACAUACCUGGCUGAAAAGGCAGACAACCAUUGCACAUGUAUUGUGAGUUAUUUGUGCGUUUUAACCUAGCAGUUAUCGAAACAUUGACCAACCAUUUAUGUUGUUUACAUUUGGUUUUGAGAAUGAUGCAGUAGCAUUUAAAACAAUUGGACCAGUUUGACUUAAACAAGCAUUAAAUUAAGGAAUUAAUUUUUGUUUAAAGAAUUAAAAAUUAAAAGCUGAAAUAAUUAAAACAUUCAUACAUGAAACACCUUUAAAAAAAAUAUGUUCUGAGGAGUUUUGGGAAUGACCAUUUAGCUAAAUCAUGGAAGAAUUGAGGAAAACUGAAUUGGAAAAAAAAUGAAUUGAAUAACAAACUACUUAAAACCUUUACUAAAUUCUUCCAUAGACACAAAGAUUUGGUUUUGCAAGUUUGGCUGUACCUGUAGAAAACUUAUUUCAAACGGAAUAGCACAUCCUAAAUUUUACGAUAAUGUUGAUUACCGAGCCCGGAAAUUUAGAUACGAUCCGGGUAAACUUAUCAAUUCUUUAAAUAAACUUAUUCCAAAAGGUUACCUAUUCAACACCUAAUUUGAUCUUUGAAUGUUGUUUUUAUUGGUAUAAAUAUUGGUUUUGUUAUCAGUUAAUUAAAACCAUACUAAAUAUUAUUGUUAUACACAUAUGCACCUAAUGUGUCACUGUACUACAAACUGUCGAUAACUUUAUUUUGGCAUUGUACAAUGUCAUGUUUUUCUCUGACUAUUAAUGACGUCUUUACAAUAAAUCAGUUGGAUGUUG